AUGGAAUCUAAUGGGACCGCUAGUCUACAUCUGGCUGUCAACGAUAAAAUCUUCCGCCAGUUUUCCGACGCUAUUGCUGCGGUCGCCGUCUGUACUAUGCUUCCAAUACUCUCAACCAUUGCUGUUGCUUUACGCAUAUUAGCUCAAAAGGGCCUGAAGAAGGUCCCCCUUGGAGCUGAUGACUAUUUUAUCAUUGCAGGGCUGGUAAAUCUGCCGCCUAAGAACCCAAGAGGAUAACUAAUAUCUAUCCUUUCCAGGUUUUCGCCUCCGCCAAUUGCGGCCAAGCUAUCUGGGGCGCAGUAAGAGGAGGGCUAGGAUGGCCAGUAGAAUAUUUGAUCAUUUACGGGCGCAUAACUAUCUACUCAAAGGUAUGA